AUGAUAAACCGUGCUCCUGAGUACCCGAUGCCUAAUUGCGAACCAGUCCAGAAAGUGCAUUGCCCUCAGGCGGCUCCAGGACAACGGCUUCUUCUCGACGGUCUCUACACCGACGUGCUUUCCGUCAUCAUCGACUGGAUUUGCGCUGAAAAGGAGGCCAGCCACAGCUACAGCGUAACACGGGCAAACCAUGGUUUCCGCAAGAAAGGAGGUACUUUGUUCUGUCUCUCGUUGGUAAACAAACGCAUGCGGUCACUAUGUAUUUCGAAGCUGUUUGAAAAGGUGUUCCGCUACACCGCCUCAAUGGGAGAGCUCAAUCGUCGUCUGCGGGACAUUGAAGGCAACCCGCUUCUUCCGUCGCUUCCUAGUGUUUUGAGGGCCAUCAAAGUCUGCGAUAUUGUCACCACGUCUCGCGGCAAGAACACGCGGUGCCGAACUCGACUAGCAAGGACACUCCCGAAAAUGGAGUGCCUCACUGAGCUCUCCAUUACCCACCGAAAAGACGUUGACAUAUCUGGUCUUUCAGCGACGUUUGACCGCAAGUCUGUUUGCCUGGAGUCAGUGAAGCGGCUGCGCAUCUUGUCGAAUGGUAGCUGGGACUUCUUGAUCCGCGCGUGUCCGAAUGUCAAGACCCUGGGCUUGGGGUUCAACCUCGGCCAUGACGAUAUCAUGGAAGCUGCGCAAGACCUGAAGCACCUCAAGCAUUUGGAAAUAUGCUGCCACGCAUGGGACGUUGCUGGCAUCAACAGGCUGCGCUCCUUCGUGCCAAAAAUCCAGAGUCUGGUUAUGAGAGGUGCCCUUGAUCCACACCAACAUGCUAGCGACUUCGCCAUUGCUUUGAACCAUUUCGAACACCUCCGCGACAUUGCAAUAACGACGUUGUGCCACGUCAGUGACGAGGACUUGGAAUCCCAGUUUUCCGACGACGACUCCGGCACGGACAGCAUCAUCGCGCUGCUAGAAAUAGGCGUCGCGAAUUUCGAAGAUGAGAGCCUGGUGAGAGACGAGUUUUACGAGCACUGGUCCCACAUGCGCUGUCUCUACAUAGUGGACGACAAGGCAAGGCGCCAGCCACACGAGCCAGGUGAAAAACCGUUCUGGUAUCCCGACGACGAGACGAUAACUGGCGAAGACGCCGUUUUCGGCGUCGAAAAGCUCUCUUACGACCGCGAGGGCUUUCUCGACUUGUUCUCGUUUCCGAGACCAGUGUCUUAUUGCGAUGAGGCUUAUGAUCCGCCGUUUUACAGGCCCAUGUCCCGCCACGAGCGGGAAGACAAGGAAAAGCGCCGGUACACGUCUGUCAAGAUACGCGCGUCUCAUUUGGAUCUAUGGGACUGA